GCUUCAUGUCGUUAUCAACUUUUUCUGGCCAAAGUGAAAACGGUAAACUCGACAAACUGGGGCCGUUUGCCUUCUCCAGCCAAUAUCAACAACUGUGAAUAAACACGUCAAUUCACCGGGUGCCAGUUAGCAACGGCUAACGUUAAUCUUGAUAACCUUGAUUCACACUGUAAAUUUGAGGAAACGCAGAUAUAAUACAUCCGUGUAGCUUGUUUGAAACACAUCGUAAAUUUUCAACCAAGUUGAAUGUCGAAAUUAAAAUGAAAACUUUGAAUAACUGACGUCAUCCACAGUAAUAGCAGCGAACCGUGCCCAGUUUCCUUUGUGGAGGAGACAAAAAGGAUCAGCAGAAGGCCUUCACCAACAACAGGAGCCGCGGCCUCAGCUAGAAGCGUCAGCCGACCCCGGGUUCCCAGGCAGAGCAGCUGUCCUCCCAUUGGGACGCAACUCUGUGGUUAGGAAGAUGCUAAUCCCCUCAGUCUGAGCAGGGGCCACAACACACACCUGAAGAAAACAUGGGCCUCUUGUCCAUUCUUCGGAGGCUGAAGCAGUCUCCAGAGCAGGAGGUGCGCUUACUGUUGCUUGGUUUGGACAAUGCUGGCAAGACCACUCUGCUGAAACAGCUGGCAGCUGAAGAUAUCAGCCACAUCACUCCAACACAAGGAUUCAAUAUUAAGAGUGUUCAGUCAUCUGGCUUCAAGUUGAACGUUUGGGACAUUGGAGGUCAGCGCAAGAUCCGCCCAUACUGGAGGAAUUAUUUUGAGAACACAGAUGUUCUGAUUUAUGUGAUUGACAGCUCAGACAGGAAAAGAUUUGAAGAGACGAGUCUGGAGCUGGCUGAGUUACUGGAGGAGGACAAGCUUGCCGGUGUGCCGCUGCUAAUCUUUGCCAACAAGCAGGAUCUGAUGACAGCCAUUCCAGCAUCUGAGCUGGCAGAAAGUCUCAAUCUGCACACUAUCCGGGAUCGCAUGUGGCAGGUCCAGGCCUGCUCAGCGGUCACUGCUGAGGGAGUGCAGGAUGGCAUGACGUGGGUUUGCAGAAAUAUAACUUUCCGGAAGAAAUAAUUCAAGGAAACAAAAGAUCAGCGAAGAAUUGCAGGUGCACUUUAAACUUCACCCACCGAGUCACUUAAUGUCCACGAUGAGGAGGUGACAGAAUGUGUUUUAGUUUUUUUUAUAUAUAAAACUAUCAAUUUGUCAUUCUGUUCUUAUUUGACAGUAUGAAAACAUUUUAUAUCUAAAUGUUGUUAAUACAGUGAUUCCACAUGUUUUAACUUCUUAACCCUGUCAAUACACAUCUUGAAAUGUAUAUACUGUAUAUAUUAUGCAGUUUUAU